AGUGAUACUAUUAAUAUAUUAAAUAAAUUAAGAUGAGUUGAGAGUUCAAAAUCUAAAAAGUAAUAAUGUAAAUAUUGUAUAAAAAGAAAAAAUAAACAUAAUAUUAUGCCCUAUCUUCAACAAAACCAGUAGGUAAAUUAAAAUAUUUCAAUUUAUUGUCCAGGUAUCGAUUUUGUGAUAAAAUUUUAAAUUAAGCUGACAUUAGUAAAAUCACUUCACAAUUAUUCACAUAGAUUAUAGCAGUAUCAUAGCCCACGACAUUUAAAAAUAUUUUUACAAUGCUUAAUAGAUUCUAUUCAUUAGUUUUAGUAAAUUCUACUAAAACAAGAUUUAUGUCCACUACAAACUUAAAAAAUACAAGUACUAUAUCCAAAAAAGAAAUACCUAUUGUUAAGGGUUUACCAGUAGUUGGUACAAUGUUUUCAAUUUUGGCUGUUGGCGGUGGUCGUAAAUUACAUGAAUAUAUUGAUAAACGUCAUCAACAAUAUGGUUCAGUAUUUAGAGAAAAACUUGGUCCUGUUGAUGCAAUUUGGAUAAGCAACCCAUUGGAUAUGAAAUUAUUAUUUGCACAAGAAGGAAAAUUUCCCAAACAUAUUUUACCUGAAGCAUGGUUACUUUACAAUGACACAUAUGGCCAACAACGUGGACUCUAUUUCAUGGAUGGAAAAGAAUGGUGGAAAUAUAGACAAAUAUUUAAUAAAAUUAUGUUAAAAGAUUUGAAUGUGAAUUUUAUCAAAUCUUAUAAAAUUGUAAUUAAUGAUUUAUUAAAUGAAUGGGAAUUGAGUGAUGGACAAGUGCUUCCAAAUCUUAUAGGAGAUUUAUACAAACUUUCAAUAUCGUUUAUGGUGGCACAUUUGGUUGGAGGAGUUUAUGAUAAUUAUAAAAAUGACCUUUCAAAUGAUGUAAAUUGUUUAUCACAAUGUGUACAAAAAGUAUUUCAGUGUACUGUCAAAUUUACAGUUAUUCCUGCCAAAAUUUCUAAAUUAUUAAAACUGAAAAUUUGGGAUGAUUUUGUACUUGCUGUUGAUAAUUCUAUUGAAAGUGCAAAUAAUUUGGUGUCAAAAUUAAUGAGCUUUGAUAGUGAUGGUUUAUUAAAUUCUAUAUUAAAUGUUCAUGAUAUACCUAUUGAUAUGAUUAAGAGGCUAAUAAUUGAUUUUAUAAUCGCUGCUGGUGAUACUACUGCUUAUUCAACUCAAUGGUCUUUAUAUACUCUAGGGCUUCACAAGAGUAUACAAAAUAAUUUAAGACAUAGCUUAUUAGAAACAGAUUUCUUGGAAUGUGAUUAUUUAAAUAAUAUUUUAAAAGAAGUGUUAAGAAUGUAUCCAUUGGCACCUUUUCUUGCAAGAAUUCCUCCAAAUGAUAUUUAUUUAACAGAUCACAUAAUACCUGCGAAUAGUUUAGUUGUUAUGUCAAUGUUCACAAGUGGUAGAAAUGGAAAAUAUUUCAAUAACCCCGAUGAAUUUAGACCAGAUCGCUGGAAUCGUCUAAAAAGUAAUAAAUAUAAUGGUGUAAAUGAGCCAUUUGCAACCCUUCCUUACGGAUUUGGUGCAAGAUCGUGCAUUGGACAAAAAAUGGCACAUAUUCAGAUGUGUUUGACACUAGCAGAGUGCAUCAAAAGAUAUAAGAUGCAGACAAUUGAACCAGUGAAAAUUGCAUUAGAUUUAAUUACAGUUCCAGAUAAUCACAUAAAUAUAAAAAUACAAAAGAUAUAAUUUUUAAAGUUACUUACUAAUAUUGGUUUAUACAAUUAUUGUAUCUAAUAUCUUCAAUCGGUACCUAUCUGUUAAAAUGUAUAAUAUUAAGUAUUAAGUAUACUGGUAAUUUGUACAUA